AUGGGUCCGCCGCCAGUGGUGACGGGGAUAUCUCCCAAGGAAGGACCCCCAGGUACCCGCGUGAUCGUACGCGGUGAAUUUUUGGGUAACAAAGCUCAAGAUCUCAUAGGUUUGACAAUAUGUGGAUGCGAUUGCCUUCUAUCAGCAGAAUGGAAAUCCUCUAACAAGAUCAUUGCCAGAUCAGGACCUUGUAAAGGUCGGGGGGAUAUUAUAGUAACUACUCACAGUGGAGGGCCAGGAACAUCCACGGUACAGUUUCGUGGUUACCAUGAAACCAUUGGCCCUAUGAAAGAGUCUGCAGUAUGGGUGGAAGAGGCUCCCAUGCAAAGCUUCGUCUGGGGAAGGAGAACUCUUUCCCCGACAAAUUAUCAGCAAGAAGAUCCUUUGGGCUUAAGCGUCGAAGGCAACGACAAGAAAUUCCCUGAGGAUGAAUUAAUGGAGCUCUUUGGGGAAGGUAGUGGAGACCUCACCAACGAAAAAUUUCAUCCCGGUUGGUUUUUAUUGCAACACCAUCACGCUACCACUUUCGAAGAUUUGAAAGCUGGACUAGCUUAUCUGAAGAGAAAAGUAAAUUCUCAGAAGGAGGGUCAAUUAUCAUUUUUAAAGGCCAAUGUAGGAUCUGUAAUGGAACAGUUAGAUACAAUAAUAUUGUUAAAAGAGCAGUUUGAAACAGACAUAAAAACAUAUGGUAGUGACCCUACUGAGAAGUUAGAAAAAGCUAUUAGACAAUCUAUGUCAGAAGCUAACAAGUUAUUUGACGACGUGCUAGCAAGAAGAGACAGAGCCGAUGCAACGAGAAACGCAUUGUCCGUAAUGCAAAGAUACAAGUUCCUUUUUUGUAUGCCAAUCAAUAUAGAAAAGAAUGUAAAACGUGGCAAUUAUGACCUUGUAAUUAAUGAUUACGCGAGAGUAAAAAAUUUAUUUAAAAACACGGAAAUCGAUGUUUUUAAGAAAGUGCUGGAUGAAAUCGAUAACAGAAUUGUAAUGUUAAAAGCACAUCUAAGAAACAAACUUGAAGAAAUGCCUUUCAGUCUGGAGGAACAUAAGAAGAUAAUUAGAAACCUUGUCAAUUUGGAAGCGGAAGGAGAUCCAGCUUGGGAUGCAAUAGUCUCGCAUUCGAAUUACUUGAAAAAGAGCAUUACCAAUUGUAUGCAAGAACAUCUGGAAAUAGAUAAUUUAAAUGUAGAAGAUUCAAACAAAGCAAAAUCAACACAGAACAAUAAACAAUCAAAAUCGAACAAAAAUGAUGGAACUAAUAUUCCUUCACAAAUAUCAUGCGUUGAAACAAUUUGCGACAUAAUUGUUGAGCAGUUACCAGACUUGUGGAGAUUGGGUCAAAGCUACUUUACGGGACAGUUGCAUGUUGCAGUAGAUGCAGAGAAACAAAUACCUUUCAAGAAUCUAGUAUUGUCAAGUAUGCAACAUGCGAUGGAAGCCCUGAAAAAUACUUGUAGCAACGAUUUGGAUGCUGUUUGGCUUUUACAUAUCUUACGUAGAAUUAGACAAAUGUAUGCUUCGUUGAUUCACUUGGAUUUGCCGAGCGAUGCGUUAGAUAUUUUCGGAAAAUUCAUACUCGACUUGAGACUGCGGUGCUUUCGUACUCUAUUCAAACAAACUCAAGAGAACAUAGCUACUUUAUACAAAAAAGAGACUUGGCAAAUUGAAUAUUUAAAUGAAGACGGUGGCGUUACGAAAGUGCCAUACCUGUUUGAAGAAAUGAUUAUAGAAGUCGCAAAACGGGCGCGAGAUACAGUAGUUGCUUGUGGCCCUCGAGAGGAACCUUUGUUUGCUAAUACUGCUCGUCAACUUCUGUACUAUCGUUCUAUCGAAGCAUUAUUUACAACGUUCACAAGAUUUUGCUUGCAACGAUUGGCAUUCAGCGGCUGCAACGAAGCUUUAGAUGAUGACGAACCGUCUGUGUCUCAAUUAGUUGGCUCUCCUUCUGGAUAUAAAAGCAGGAGUAACAAGCAUCAAGGCCCAACGUGGGAACAAUACCUCUUAAUCUCAUUAAGUAAUAUUCGUUAUACACUGAACACCGUCCUACCAAGAAUUGGAGAGACAUUGAAGAAUCAGGGUUAUCCGAGUCUGUCGAAUGCGAUUGGAUGGAGUUCCGAUUGGACGCAACUUAGUACACUGGACACGGCUGUUCUGGAUGCGUAUUUAGAACGACGCUGCGACCCAUUGGUUGGCACAAUUGAGCCGAGUAUGUAUCUGGGCGGAUUAGAAUGGGAUUUUGAGACUGAGCCUACUCACGUGAGGCCGUAUGCACAAGAAAUUCUAGCAAAUUUAAUUGCAGUUCACGCAGAGGUGCGCCGGGUCGCACCAGCUUUACUACAACGAGUACUCUCUCACAUAGUUGAGACUGUAGCGGAAGAACUUGCAAGGCUUAUGUCGUGUGUUACUCAAUUCGGACCGGCCGGUAUUGUACAAGCACGUACAGAUAUUACACUCUUGCGGAGUGCUUUGCAAUCUUACAGCACACCAAGAGCAAAGGAUUUCUUUGAAGAAGCAUUAGAUGCGAUACCGAAACCAGUUAACAAAGAUGAUUACGCGCGAAUCGACAUGUUGUUUGUAAAAGUAAAAACGUCUAUGCAUUUGCAACUAUCGUGUCUUGCCAAUGAUGCAGCAAAUAAUACUCCUAUUAAUACAUUGAUUGCCGAUCCUAAUCGCGUCACUACUGUAUAGCUUUAGUAACAGUUUAAGGAUUUGAGUAAGUAUUUAUUGUAUUUGUCAUUAUCAUUCUGCAGAUAUUAUUAUAAUAGCAAUAUUCUUUAUUUUAGUUUGCACGUAUAUCGCUUUUAAUGUGA